AUGUCCCUGCCCACACUGCGGCAGCUGGCCAUGCAGAGCCUGCUAGAGGACCAGGCCUUGGCCAUCUCUGCUCUGGACGUCCUCCCCUUGGAUCUCUUCUCCACGCUGUGCAGAGAGGUGGUUGCCAAGAGACGCAUGGAGGUGCUGAAGGCCAUGGUGCAGGCCUGGCCCUUUGCCUGCCUCCCCCUGGGGGCCCUGGUGGGCUCAGCUGACCUGGAGAUCUUACAAGUCACCCUGGAGGGCCUUGAUGUGCUGCUUGAGCAGGGAGCGGGGCCCAGAUGCAAACUGCAAGUGUUAGAUCUGCAGAAUAUGUCCCUGAACAUCUGGACGUCAGGGUACAUAGCAAUGUCUCAAGCCUGCUCAGCAGCAGCCCUGACUGACAAGCCAGCAGCCAAUCACUGUGCAGCCCUGAGGGAGGAGCCCUCCUUCAGGAUAUUCUUGGAUGUCACCAUCAGUGAUGGCCCCUGGGAUUGUGUGCUGGCCCACGUGCUCCAGUGGGCGGAGACAAGAAGAGACCAGGUUCAGCUGUGCUCUAAGAAGCUGCAGGUUCUGUUUGCCUCCACCUCUGGCUCCACCUCUCAAAUACAAAGCACUCUUGGAGUGCUUCAUCUGGACUCCAUCCAGGAGCUGGUUGUGGAUGAUUUCUGGCAUCACAAAACACUGGAAAGUAUGGUUCCUUAUCUGACCCAGAUGAAGAACCUUCGCAAGCUUUCUCUGGCUAAGAUGAAAAUGGAAUGUUGUUCUUGCAUCUUGGAGAAUUUACUCAAAUACUUGUCUGAAGUGGUGCUGCAUGGAAAUCGCCAAAUUAAUGAAUGUGAAGGCUUCUUCCCUCAUGAGAAGCUGGAGAAGGUCUUCAGUCAGCUCAAGCACCUGCGUCUCAGGACUGUGUAUUUGGGUGACUUGGGUCCUGGGCCCCUCCGAGCUCUGUUGGAGAGAGUGUCUGGCACCCUGGAGGCCCUGGCCAUAGAGCACUGUGGGAUCACUGAGGCCCAGCUCUCUGCCAUCCUGCCCGCCCUGAGCCAGUGCUCCCAGCUGAGCUUCUUCAGCAUCUAUGGGAACCGCAUGUCCUUGGCUGCCCUGCAGAACCUGCUGAGCCACACAGCCAGGCUGAGGCAGUUGCAGCGAGGGCUGUAUCCGGCCCCUGUGGAGAGCUAUGACCACGAAUGUUUGUUGUAUGGAUGUGAAGUCAACAAGGAGAGAUUUGCCCAGGUUUGUGUGAGCUUGGUACAGAUCCUGAGGGACCUACAGCCAGCCCAUAAGGUCCAGAUCUGCACUUACUCAUGCACAGGCUGUAAAAAGAACCAGUUCUAUAACCUGGCCCCCAGUGACAGUUGGGUUUUAACAGAGGAAUAUUCCCUUACAAGGGACUUCAACUACUGUGGGGUUUGUGCCCAGGAAUAG